GGUGAGCAGUUGAAGGACCUCUCGGUGUAACCAUGCAGACGCCAAACUUCCAGUGACAUCAGAGACAGCGACGGUUGCUCUUUUCAGUGAAAGUUUCGUAUUAUUUGUGUGUAGUAACAUCAUUUACACACUAAACAGAGAUGUCAUGUUUUGGUGGUAAUCCCAAUUUCUGCCCAGAAUGUGGAAAUAUUCUUCCUCUCCCAGGAAUACAGAACACAGUGUGCUGCCCCCGCUGCUCCUUCUGCAUCCCUGUAGCAGAGUUCUCCGGCCAAGAGAUCCACUCUACAGUCAUCUUCAACCCUGUGGAGCAGUUGUCCGUGGCUCUAGAAGACGAAGAGGACUCUGAACUGAAGGGACCUGUGAUUGACAGACGCUGCUCUCGUUGUAAUAAAGAGGGGAUGGUUUACCACACCAGGCAGAUGAGAUCUGCAGAUGAAGGACAGACUGUUUUCUUCACCUGUACACACUGCAGGUAUCAAGAGAAGGAGGACUCCUGAGAAGACAUCCAACUCAUCGUCUUCAUUCCUCUCCAUGUGUGUGAUCUUGUGUGUGCCAGUGCUGGUUGCAGAUCGUUGAAUUGUUAACAUUCACACUCUUCACUUCAAAAUAAACUUCCUAGAUUUUUA